AUGUCAACCAUCGAUAUCCUGACUGCCAUUGAUGAUACCUGGACAUCCCAGCAACCGAACACCCAGGUCAAUUUACUCAAAAGCGACGGAGGCUCUCUCAUAUUUUCAUUGGGAGGCAAGAGCUCUUACACAUGGGCGGAAAACAGUGACAUGGCUACAUGGGGACUGGUUAACCUGGCCGCGGACACAAAGGCGACUAACCAAGUCACCUAUCAGGUGGGCAGUGUCAAUGAUAUUGCAACCCAGUUCAAAGAAAACGGCACCUUAAAUGGCGGGUAUACUAGCUACCAAUCUGGUGACCUAGUUGCUCUUGCGUACCAUAUAACGACCCCGAGGUCGAAAUUCUCAUCGGCAUCCGUCACGUUUGCUAUUGGUCUAGAACAAGACAAUGCGUUCAACUGGCUCGGUGAACCACAGACUGGGUACUACCAAGCAACAUUUAGUAGUACUGAGGACGUCGUGGAUCAUUUCUUCGAUGAUGUAUUUGCUGCUGAUGCGGAGGGAAUCGCACUGGAUCAAAGAAUCACAGACCUUGGAGCUGAAAUAUCAUCCAACUAUUCGGAUAUAUUGGAGUCGACAAUUCGUCAGAUUUGGAGCGGGUUCCAGAUCCUCAUACCACAGGCUAGCAAAGAUACCACCAAGGCAAAAGCCUGGAUGAAAGAGAUCUCUACAGAUGGAAAUGUACAGACAGUGGCAGAUUUGUUACCGAAGUCUUUCCCGGUAUUCUAUGCGCUAGCCCCUGAUUAUAUGCGUCUACUUCUCGAGCCACUGAUGGAGUAUUCAUUGACAUGGCCGGCCGAAUUCGGUUUCCAUGAUCUCGGAAAACAUUAUCCCAAUGCAACUGGUGAGACGGUUGCUGCAGAAGAGGCCCUCAUAAUUGACCAAACAUCUGUGCUGCUCUGGAUGGCUUACGCAUACCAGCGAGCUUCCAGAAACACAGAGUGGGUGAAGCCUUAUUUGCCGGCUCUGACAAAAUUCGCGGACUAUCUGGUCAUCAAUGGAUUGUACCCUGCCAAACAAAUGUCUUCGACUGAUAGCAUUGCUCCAACAGCAAAUCAGACCAUACUGGCAAUGUACGCGGCCAUUGGACUCACUUCCUUUGGUGCCCUCACAGAGCAGUCUAACUACACAGCAAUUGGAAAGAACUUUGCGUCUGUAAUUCUGAAGCUGGGAACAGACUCCAACGACACCCAUAUCGUCGCUCACUACGGUGACCCGGAUACUUCAUGGAUCAGCACAUAUCCCUUUGCUUUCGACAAAAUGCUAGGGUUAAACACUUUCAAUGAAUCGACAUAUGAGAUGCAGUCAAUGUGGUAUGAAGGCCAGCUACACACCUAUGGGAUUCCGUUCUACUCGGGUGUCGAUUAUACGGUAAGUGAAUUUAUGGCGUGGUGCGCGGCAACUUCGUCUCAAAGUGUGAGCGAAGCCCUCAUAAACGGUAUCCACGCUUUUCUGACGGAUGGAAUGAACAACGUACCCGGACCGACAGUAUGGUUUGUUACCGGUUCACAAUCCGGCGAAUGGAAGUCGAGCAUUGCUAAGUCGACCGGUGGAUCUUACUUCAUGCCACUAGCUGUCAAUAUGUAUCAAAAAGCCUAA